AUGGUGAUGCUCGCGAAAGCUUUUUGGUUCCUGGCUCCGACUAUUCUGGGUGGAGUCCGUGUUGACAGCGACGAUGUGAAGAAAGCCAUGGAGGAAUCAUCAAGCGUCGUGGGGAUCUGUCCUCCUGGAUUCAUGGUAAAGUCUAAGUCGUGGGUGGAAAACGGUUGGUACUUGAUCGAUGGUUACUAUUACCGCUACAAGAAUUGCGAAAGUUGCACACAAGCACCGUCGGACUGGAAACUGUGUGGCACACAGGGAAGACAGGUUGGGGGCAAAUACGGCUACGGAGAUGGAGGCAACUGCAAAAGCAAGAACGGCUGCCGCUGCACCGAGAGUCGUCAGAGCGGCAAUGCCAACACCGGUUUCACAAUGGUAUCUGAAGAUUUGCUGUUCUUUUCAUCGCUAAUCGGGCAUGGAAUGGCAGACCUCGACCCGGAGAUACGUAUGGAAUGUAGGGCCAUAGGGCACGUGGCUGACAGUAUGCGCUGGAAGCUGGGUGAUUUGUGGUUUGUGCAGUUGAAGACCAAGCUGUGUAUGUCAGACACAUCAUGUUGUGAGCUCCGGUUGCCGCUGCCUGUUCAUUCGAAGUGGAGGGACGUCCCACUUAGUGCAGAGUGGGGUGCGGCGGUUACGGCCGUCGUCCGCCGCACAAUUUCUGCGGCGGCCGCAAAGCAGGAGCACAAUUGCACUGAGCCCACAAGCCGGCAACGCAAUCCUUACAUGGAUUGGUGGCUGCGCAAAUGGCGGCUGAUCUUGUACACGGUGUGCUUGUUGGUGGCUUCUGUUGGGAAUACAGUCUUUUUCAAAAGAAUGACGUCGGCCAUGCCCAACUAUGGGUGGUAUCUGACGCAGCUUUCCACGCUUAUCUACGUGCCAUUUUUUGCAACGCUGGUCGGCACUGGCAUUACCCAGCAGGUGGAUUUCGAACUGGUGCGAAAAUUCGCGCUGAUGGGUGUUUUCGAUGGUCUCAGUGGCACCUUCAUGGUUCUCGGAGGUGUGCAUACUUCGGGCACGUUGCAGGUCCUCUUGGGCCAGGCAGUCAUUCCAGUGACAAUGAUGCUGUCGGUGAUGCUGCUCCGCAAACAGUACCACAUGCUGCAGUACUUGGGCGCAACCACAAUCGUCAUGGGCAUCGUUCUGGAUAAGGCUAUGCUUUCGCGACUCGUUGAAAGGGUAUCGGUAUAG